GGUGGCGGGCGAGCGCUGGGCGCCGCCGAGGUGCUCGACCUCUCAGCCCAGCGCUGGACCGUGCUCCCGCCACUGCCCACGCCACGGGCCGGCGCCGCCGCCCUCGCCCUGGGCAAGCAGAUCCUGGUGGUGGGCGGCGUGGACGUGGCACAGAGCCCCCUCGCCUCUGUCGAGGUCUACCACGUGGAUGAGGGCAAGUGGGAGAAGAAGGCGGCUCUGGCCCAGCCCUCCAUGGGCAUCUCAGCCGUGCAGAGAGAUGGAGCCGUCUAUGCGCUGGGGGGAAUGGGUGCAGACACCUCUCCCCAGGCACUAGUCCGCGUCUACGAGCCAGCGAAGGACCACUGGCAGCCCCUGCCCUCCAUGCCCACCCCCUGCUACGGGGCCUCCGCCUUCCUGCAGGGCAACAAGAUCUUCGUCCUGGGGGGCCGGCAGGGCAAGCUGCCCGUCACUGCCUUCGAGGCCUUCGACCUGGAGACGAGGAACUGGACACGCUACCCCAGCGUGCCCAGCCGCCGCGCCUUCGCUGCCUGCGCCAUGGCCGAUGGUGUCAUCUUCAGCCUGGGGGGGCUGCAGCAGCCGGGGCCCCACAAUUUCUAUUCCCGUCCCCACUUUGUCAACACCGUGGAGAUGUUCGACCCCGCACAGGGUGCAUGGAGCAAGCCGAGCCGUGCCACCCGCAUGAGGGAGAAGAGAGCUGACUUUGUGGCUGGCUGCCUGGGAGGAAGAGUGGUGGCCAUGGGUGGCCUCGGGAACCAGUCCUGCCCACUGAACUCGGUGGAAGGAUUCAGCCUCGCACGGAAGAAGUGGGAGCCGCUGCCCCCCAUGCCCACCGGCCGCUGCUCCUGCUCCAGCUGCCCGGCACCCAGCCUGCUCUUCGUCAUUGGCGGGGUGGCCCAGGGCCCCAGCGGUGCCGUCGAGGCUCUGUGCCUGCGCGAGGCGCCCUGA